UCGAACACAAUUUAGGAUCUGGAAAUCCCGUGGCAGGCCACUGUUUAAGAUUUAGCCUUUAGAUGCAGACGGGGAAAAGUCACUGACUUGACGACCCUGGCACCUGCCCCUCACCCGUUACGGGGGCGGAAGCGGAAGUGACGAACACGGAAGUAGCCUGCUGUUGCCGAGGGGACGGGACGGGCAGAUGCCAACAUGGCAGCGGUUGGGGCUGGCGGUUCUACUGCGGCGGCCGGGCCAGGAGCGGUCUCCACGGGGUCGUUGGAGCCUGGCACCGCGAGUGCGGCUCACCGGCGCCUCAAGUACAUAUCCCUAGCCGUGCUGGUGGUCCAGAAUGCCUCCCUCAUCCUCAGCAUCCGCUACGCCCGCACGCUGCCUGGGGACCGCUUCUUUGCCACCACUGCUGUGGUCAUGGCCGAAGUGCUCAAAGGUCUCACCUGCCUCCUGCUGCUCUUCGCACAGAAGAGGGGUAACGUGAAGCACCUGAUUCUCUUCCUCCAUGAGGCCGUCCUGGUGCAGUAUGUGGACACGCUCAAGCUUGCAGUUCCCUCUCUCAUUUACACCUUGCAGAAUAACCUCCAGUAUGUUGCCAUCUCCAACCUGCCAGCUGCCACUUUCCAGGUGACGUAUCAGCUGAAGAUCCUGACCACAGCACUGUUCUCUGUGCUCAUGCUGAACCGCAGCCUUUCCCGGCUACAGUGGGCCUCCCUGCUGCUCCUAUUCACUGGCGUCGCCAUUGUCCAGGCACAGCAAGCCGGUGGUGGCAGCCUGCGGCCACUGGAUCAGAACCCCGGGGCAGGCCUCGCAGCUGUUGUGGCCUCCUGCCUCUCCUCGGGCUUCGCGGGUGUCUACUUUGAGAAGAUCCUGAAAGGCAGCUCGGGCUCUGUGUGGCUGCGCAACCUGCAACUGGGCCUCUUCGGCACAGCCUUGGGCCUGGUGGGGCUCUGGUGGGCCGAGGGGAGUGCUGUGGCCCACCGUGGCUUCUUCUUUGGGUACACGCCUGCUGUCUGGGGUGUGGUACUCAACCAGGCCUUUGGGGGGCUGCUGGUGGCUGUCGUUGUCAAGUAUGCUGACAACAUCCUCAAGGGCUUUGCCACCUCCCUGUCCAUUGUGCUGUCCACUGUGGCCUCCAUUCGCCUUUUUGGCUUCCAUCUGGACCCACUGUUUGCCCUUGGCGCGGGGCUCGUCAUCGGUGCCGUCUACCUCUACAGCCUUCCCCGAAGUCCAGUCAAAGCCAUAGCUUCCACUGCUGCCUCUGCUGCUGCCUCCGGACCCUGCAUUCACCAGCAGCCUCCAGGGCAGCCACCGCCACCGCAGCUGUCCUCCCACCGUGGAGAUCUCAUCACGGAGCCCUUUCUGCCAAAGUCAGUGCUGGUUGCUCACCAAGGUGAAGGGGUCGUAGUCGCCGGGAAUGAAGACGUUGGCCUGGCCUCGUUCUCCUUUCUUGCCCUGGCUCAGCUGGGACCAAACUCUCUGAUCAGUAUUAGGGGGAGGGGGAGAUAGUGGAACUCCCUGGCCCCACCGCGCCCACCCUCACAGCGGCCUGAGCUAAGCUCUCUGUAAAUGACUCACCUCAGCCCUAGGCCCCUGUCACCCCUAACGUAUUCCUUAGGUGAGUUUUUGCAAAUAAAAUGUGUUCUGCA